GGUAGUAUGCAGAGAAACGUACAGAUUGGUGGGCUGUCUCCCCGCCAUUAACACCAUUCCCCAUUCUCCACCACACCACAACUCACCUCCACACCCAAUCCUCUUUCUCUCUCUUUCUUUCUCUGCAUCGGGUUCUCUUGAUUUUCUCUGGAAAAGAAGGAAAAAGAAAAACGUUCAAAAUACCCUCUCCUUUUCUCUCCCUUUAGGUCUUGAAACGACAAGAAAUCUCGAACUUCCUCGGCUAUAAAAAAUUGUAGUAGAAAAGAGUCUUUUGAGUGUUGUAGGUUUUUACAUACAGGGGCACUUGAGAGGAUACAAAACCGAAAAAAAGGGUCAUAAAUAUAGCGCGAGGCCACCACCCUCUCUGGGCUUUUACAAGGUUGAAUUCAAUUCUUGGGGACUGAAAAAAGAGGGAGAGAGAGAGACAGAGAUGGUGAGAGAUUCAUACUCUUCAGGUAUGGAAGUUGGGGUGAACAACAUGAGCAUGAAGCCUGCAUGGCUAGAGGGUUUGAUGGCUGAGACAUUCUUUGGUGGCUGUGGGGUCCACGAGAAUCGCAGGAAGAACGAGAAGAACGUUUUUUGCUUGCACUGUUGCGUUAGUAUUUGCCCGCACUGCCUCCCUUCUCACCGCUCCCAUCCUCUCCUCCAGGUGAGACGAUAUGUUUAUCACGACGUGGUUCGAUUGGGCGAUCUUGAAAAGCUCAUUGACUGCUCAUACAUUCAGCCCUACACUAUAAACAGUGCAAAAGUGAUAUUCUUGAAUCAGAGGCCACAGUCAAGGUCUUGCAAGGGCUCUGCCAACAUAUGCUUGACUUGUGACAGGAUUCUCCAAGAGCCAUUCCACUUCUGUUCACUCUCAUGCAAGGUUGAUCACAAGGUGUACCAGGGAGAAGAUCUAUCUAGCAUUCUGUACAGGUUUGAUGAAUCGGAUUUUGCAAUUUCCCAGUUCGAGGGAUUACAGAUGGACGGAUCAGAGAUCAUUGAUGAUGACGGCCAAAUUACCACAAGCUCCAUCCUAGAGGAACCAUUGCAAUACAGAAGCUCAUCAUGUUCCAACGAGGCCACGAGCAAUUCUGUAAUUUCUCGUGAACCUGAAAUGGUGAAGAAGAAGAAAAAAGGACACGGCUUGCUCCCUGGGAUCGUUCUCUCUCUCAGUAGCAGGAGAAAGGGAGCUCCUCAGAGGGCUCCUCUUUCUUAGGAUUUGGAAAUUCCAAAAAUAGAGAUCAUCUGAAUUUGGCUAUUAGUAUUAUUUUAUAUAACUACAUGCUAUCAGGUAAAAUUAAGCUGGCUGGUCAUGGUUGAUAUUUAUCCUAAUUAGUCUUUAUUUUCAUUGUGUUUUUUUCUCUUUGGAUUUUUCAUCUUUUUAUCGAAAGGGGCACGGCGCAAGGUUUUCAUUACUAAACUCAGGUGGGUGAAGAUGGACUGGCAUUAGGCUAGCUUGCCUUCGACUCCUCCAAUUUUGUAUCGAUGUAAUGGAACUUGCUGGUAUAUAUAUAUAUGCUAUUAUUUAUCUUA